UAACUGGAUUACAUAUUUAACAAAAUAAUUCAGGAUAGAUAGUAACAUUAUUUUUAAUGAAUGUAUUGAUUUAUUUUAAAUUAUACGAAACCCUGUCAUGUCGUGUAUUAACUUCAGUUAAUAUUAUACUCUUGGGAAAGGUACAGAAUUCGGGUGAAUGAAUAACAAGGGUUUAGAGACUGGCUAAAAGAAUGUAAUUAUUAGAAACUAUGAUCCUGACAAAGUUAUGAGGCCAUUUUACAACUGUAUCGAUCAAUGUGAUGAUAGUGUUUAACAUCCAUGUGCAGACAUGGUUGACAAGAGUAAGAGUAUUCGAGUGUUUUGAUGUUAAAUGUAGUGUCAGUUGAAAUAAAUCUUGAGAUUUAUCACAAUGGCGAUUGGCAGCAUUAUCUGUGGAGCUAAUGCUCCAAAAAUGAAGCGAAAGAAAGCAAAGACAACAGCACGUAGUUGGAUUGAAGCAACUUUUCAGAAAAGAGAGUGCUCCAAAUUUAUUCCAAGUGCUAAGGAUGAACAUAGGUUUGCAGUGGUACAGGGUGAUAAGAGUGCUGAAUACGACGUUAUCACCACCUCAAGAUGUUGCUGUGGUCACUCCUUUACACACCAUUGUGGAACCGGAGCUGAUGUACAAAGUUAUUCCACCCUUAUAAACAAAGAAGAGGAACGAGAACAAUGGACACCCGGAAAGAAUACACGUCCAUUCCCAACAGAUGCAUACGGUACAAUAGAAUUUCAAGGUGGACCUCAUCCAACAAAAGCACAGUAUGUGAGAAUGGCACACGAUACCCGACCUGAACCGAUCGUUCAGCUUUUAUGUCGAGAAUGGAAUUUGGGGCUACCGAAACUAUUGAUUACAGUCCAUGGAGGCCGUUCGAAUUUCGAGCUUCAACCAACUUUAAAAAAGGUGCUAAGAAAGGGUUUGUUAAAGGCUGCUAAGACGACAGGUGCUUGGAUAUUUACUGGAGGAACGAAUACAGGUGUUACCCGACAAGUUGGAGAUGCUUUGUUAUUGGAACGAUCUUAUCGACAGGGUCGGGUUAUUAGUAUCGGAAUAGCACCUUGGGGAAUUUUGGAAAAAAGUCAUGAAUUAAUAGGUCGUGGCCGAGAUAUUCCUUAUGAUUCUAUUUCAUCUCCAUGGUCGAAGUAUGCGGUUUUAAAUAAUCGACAUGCUUACUUCUUAUUAGUUGACAACGGCACAGGAGGUCGUUAUGGUGCUGAGAUAGUUUUACGUAGAAAACUAGAGAAAUAUAUAUCAAAUUUGAAGUUACAGCCAUAUACACAUAGCAGUAUUCCUGUUGUGGCGUUAGUUAUUGAGGGCGGGACAAAUACAAUUCGAUCUGUACUAGAAUAUGUCACAGAUGAUCCUCCUGUUCCGGUGGUCGUAUGCGAUGGCUCAGGGCGUGCGGCUGAUCUUAUUGCCUUUAUGCAUAAAUAUGCAUCGGAAGACGAAAGUGAGAACGUUGAAGGCGAGGGACCACUAGAAAGUAUGCGAGACCAUUUAUUAGGAACAAUUCAGAGAACAUUCAAAGUUUCUCCGGAACAAGCCAACCAGUUGUAUUCCGAGUUACUGCAAUGCACUCGCAACAAAAAUCUGAUAACAGUGUUUAGGAUAACCCAAGACCGGCCACAAGAGCUCGACCAAACUAUAUUAACAGCUUUAUUUAAGUCGCAGCAAUUGUCAGCUGCCGAACAAUUGUCAUUAGCUUUGAUAUGGAAUAGAGUAGAUAUUGCACGUAGCGAAAUAUUUGUAUAUGGGCAGAAGUGGCCUCCUGGUGCACUGGAACAGGCAAUGAUGCAAGCCCUACAACACGAUAGGAUUGAUUUUGUGAAGCUUUUACUGGAAAACGGUGUUUCCAUGCGAAAGUUCCUGUCGAUACCUCGCCUGGAAGAAUUAUACAAUACAAAAGAUGGACCGACGAAUACGCUGGGAUAUAUUCUUCGUGAUGUAAGACCACACAUUCCCCGAGGUUAUAUGUACACCCUGCAUGAUAUCGGAUUAGUUAUUAAUAAACUCAUGGGUGGAGCAUAUCGAGCACAAUACACGCGUAGGAAAUUUCGCGUGAUUUAUGCAAAAGUAAUGAAGAGAUCCGGUGGUCAUCAACAUCAACAUCGUAACAGUAGUACAGCUAGUUUUGCUAGUCGUUGCUAUUCCAGUGUCAGUGGUAAACCUGAUAAUCUGACAAUGAGUUUAUUGGCUGAAACACUGCCAGCUAACAGAGACACGCCAAUAUUUGAUUAUCCGUUCAACGAAUUACUUAUUUGGGCCGUACUGACUAAACGACAACAAAUGGCUCUUCUUAUGUGGCAACACGGAGAAGAAGCAUUAGCAAAGGCUCUAGUCGCUUUGAAAUUGUACAAAGCUAUGGCUCACGAAGCUGCCGAAGAUGAUCUUGAAACUGAAGUUUAUGACGAGUUACGCGGUUACGGCAAAGAGUUCGAAAAUAUCUCGUUGGAAUUGCUGGACUUCUGCUAUCGCCAGGACGAUGAUCAAACUCAACAGCUACUAACUUCUGAACUUCAGAACUGGUCAGGUCAAACGUGUCUUUCGCUCGCGGUGACGGCUAAUCAUCGGCCCCUUUUGGCACAUCCAUGUAGUCAGAUCAUUCUAGCAGAUCUUUGGAUGGGUGGUCUCCGAACUCGCAAAAAUACUAAUUUGAAGGUAAUCUUAGGUCUGCUUUGCCCUGCAUACAUUACGAGGCUCGAGUUUAAAAGUCGCGAGGAACUGCAGCUUAUGCCUCAGACUCAAGAAGAGCAUCUCAUUGCAUUAGAGGACGAAAACGAAGAAAGUGAUUCGGAACAAACUCUUGCAGAGGGACCGGAUGCUGAGAAACGUCCGCCCAGGAGCCUGAGUGUUCGCAACAAAUCCAGCACUCAACAAAGCGGCAAGGCUCUAAUUACCAGUGAGCACAAAACUGUCGUAAAGGAAUCAAUUGUUCAAGAAAAUGGAAAAGUAUUAACGGAUUACGACGAUACCAAUCAUCGUAUCUACAGUUCAUUACCUGAAUAUUACGAUAACAAGGCCAACCGACAGUUGCGAUUCAAAAAGAAAUUAUAUGAAUUUUACACCGCUCCGAUUACAAAGUUUUGGGGAAAUGCCAUUGCGUACAUAAUAUUUCUAGUCUUUUUCUCCUACUCGAUUCUUGUGCGGAUGGGAGAGAGUCCAGGCUGGCCGGAAAUUUAUGCAAUUAUGUACGUAUGUACACUUGGCUGUGAAAAAGUGCGGGAGAUCGCUAUAUCGGAACCAGCAACCCUAUCGCACAAAUUCAGUGUAUGGGCGUGGAACAUGUGGAAUCCUUGCGACGCCGCUGCAAUAAUAUUUUUCCAUAUAGGUCUUGCUUUGAGGCUAAGGCAUUCGACAUUCGACGUAGGUCGCGUUAUUUACUGCGUCGAUUGCAUUUAUUGGUACUUAAGGAUUCUUAAUAUUCUUGGGGUCAAUAAGUACUUCGGUCCAUUGGUCACUAUGAUGGGAAAGAUGGUGAAGAAUAUGAUAUACUUCGUGGUCCUCCUCUUGGUCGUGCUGAUGAGUUUCGGCGUCGCGCGGCAAGCUCUUCUCAAUCCAAAUGCAGAACCAAAAUGGCGCAUCGUCAGAGACAUUUUUAUGGAGCCUUAUUUCAUGCUGUAUGGUGAGGUAUACGCGGACAAUAUCGAUCCUGACUGCGGAGAUGAGCCAGGAAUGAUUCCCUGCUAUCCGGGUCGUUGGAUCACUCCAGCCGCCAUGUCUAUUUAUCUCCUGGUCGCAAACAUUUUGUUGAUCAACCUUUUGAUCGCGGUGUUUAACAACAUCUUCAUUGAAGUUAACGCCGUAGCGCAUCAAGUCUGGAUGUUUCAGCGAUUUACUGUCGUCAUGGAGUACGAGCAGAAGCCAGUUCUACCUCCACCUCUUAUUAUAGUAUGCCAUCUUUAUUUAGUAGUAAAAUAUUUGUUGCGAUACGUGACGCAGGGUGAGAUGCGCUCCGGUGAGACCUGCGACAACGGUUUGAAGCUGUUCCUCGAAGCCGAAGACAUGGAGCGUUUGUACGACUUUGAAGAGGAAUGCGUCGAAGAGUAUUUCCGCGAACAGGAACUCAAGCUACAAAUGUCGACGGACGAGAGAGUCAAGGUGACCACGGAACGGGUUGAAAACAUGUACCAAAAGAUUGAGGACAUCGAGAAGAAGGAGAGUAACCAGAACGCGUCCCUUCAGGCUGUCGACAUGCGGAUUCGUAAACUGGAGGACUUGAACGAGCAAACUCUGGCCCACCUGGGUGUCAUCCAUCGAUUCAUGGCAACGCACACUCCCAACGAGAACUUUCCAACUCUUGACAUCGAGAUGCCGCCUCGUCGGGUAUCCGAGCGUUCGGAAGCGCCUUCCGAGGCAGAUUCGCACCCUCAAUUUACCAGCACCCAGCUCCGGCGACGGAGACUGUUACGAUCUUUAACUGACGCGACGUUUCUGAACGCACCUCUCGACGACGACCAGAAGUCCAAGCGAAUCGACUUGCAGACAUCUCGAGAGAACCUCAGCGAGAACGACUCAUCGGAGAACGGGAACGAUCACGACGUACAGGAGGGCUACAAGACGUCGACGAGUCACGAGAGUCAAGGAAGCAAAUGCGCCGGCGAUGUCGAAGAAGCUGCCGAAAAGGAGAAUCUCGCCGAAGAUACCAGCGAUGCGCCCGUGUCCGAUGCGAGGCAAGACUCCACCGAACGCACGACCCGGCAGAACAGUCGGACUCGUUCGGAAUCCGAGGACGCGGUUCUACUUUCGGUUCCUGGCGUGCAACGAGGAGUCACUUGGGCCGAGCCUAGAUACGCCGUUAUUCCUUCUUCCGCGACUUCUGCAGGGGCGAGUGCCAGGUCGGUGCUUUUAGCAAUGCGCGCGGAAUACACCAGCAUCACCGACGAGUUGGAGAGCUUUUGCGGACUCCUCAGUCCACCCAGGACCCCGCCAGUGUCACCACCUCCGAGACGAGGUAGACACGUGUUCAACAUGUCCAACCCCGAGAUGGCCCUGCACAUGGAGAACGAGCAUUUGCGAGACGCCGAGGAGUGCGAUUAUCAACAAAUGGAGGAUCUAAUUCAGAGGCGCUAUCUAAACGACGAGUCGCCGGAAACUGCCGAUGAAAUGAGUGGAACUCCUUUCUACAUAGCCAGCGAACAUCGCACGCUACGGCGCGUUGGGGCGAUCGACGAAGAUUCCAGAAGACCACCUCCCACCAUCAGCGUCACCAGAGAGAUCGAACAGACGCUGUCUCGACCCCCUGCGAUUCGAGACUCCAACGAGGAAGACCCGAAUGACAAGGAUUUGUCCACGGCACCGGCUCCUGCUUCGGAAACUAUGUGUUGAUUCGAUCGACGACUUCUAUUUUUAUUUGUCUAACUAGUGUUAAUUCAUAGAUGGCGAGCACGUCGCCGGUAUCGGCACCUCUGCGCUGUGCAUGUACAGUGGCGGACAUGAAUGCUGUCUCCCCGCACCCUAGCGGUAUCUUGUCCGCAAGGGAGGCAUUUAUGUCUGUCAAUGUACUUCGACAUAUCUAGCCUAAACAUGGAAUUGGAAAUCGAGUGUUUGCGAGACGCCAAGGAACGCGACGCCGGUUUUUGGUAGAUACAGCGAUGUUACUUGAAACUAUACGUUGAUGUAAUCAACGAAUUAUAUUUUUUUAAAGAUUUUACGCCGAGGGCUUGGAAACUUGCAUGAUUUCCUCAGUUAAAAGUGCACAUUAGUUGGGUCUGCAGUUUUGGACGGAACGGUUACGUUGAUUCGCAUCACGAAUUUUGAAAUUGUUUCAAGGUAUACUACCGCGAUUGCUUAACGGGAGAACGGAAACCAUGCGAAGGCUCGACAUCAUGACGUGGAUGACAACGAUCAAUGAAUUUAAUGAAAUCGAAUCCCAGUUUUUUAUAUGAUUGGGAUUAACUUUAUCAGUUGUAUCAAUAUGUAAAACGACGAAAGUUGUCUCUCACGUAGUAUCUACACAUCACUAGAAAAGAUUCUCCGAUUAAUCGAUGAUUAAUCAAUGAAUUAAGGCACAAAGAAUAGUGGAAAUGCAACAGCCCCCUUCUAUACGUCUCACUUUUAGAAUUGAUUGUAAACCUUUACAAUGGGUUUUGGAAGCUUACUUACAGCUUUUGUAUCCACCUCGUGCGACUAAUUGAGAUCGUUCUUUGUGCAAUUUUGUAGAAUCUCGCAGCGGUAGACUAGUUAUUAGAUGGAAUUAUAUAUUUGACCAUGUAGAGCGAGGACGAAUACCGUGAAACUGCCCUGUACGCGAUUUGAAAACCUUUUCUAAAUGGCGCGCACACUCAUUAGUGUCUUCCUGCGAGAACUGCUUUUAAAACUCUAAUGUAAGUAAUUGUCGUACCCAAAUGCUUGCACGACGUCGUCACCUACUAUCUGAAAUUUAGCUCUUUUUUUUAAUCACCUCUUUCAUUUACGUUUUCACUAAAAGCUGUCCAAAUCUGCGUCAUACGCGCGCUAGGACUUCAUUUAUUUAUAACCGAUGGCGGGGCACAUCGAAUUUUUAGAUUACACUUAAACUUGGGCUAUGAAUAUAACUUAAUAAGUGAUUUCUUCACACCGAAUCGAAGGAGUAUUGUUUAAGUCCCAUUUGCCGUUCAUUCAUCGUUGAGCGGUUUCUCAUUCGGCCACUCUAUUAACGAAUAGGCGAGGUAUAUAAAAUAUUUUCCGCUCGAUUCUAAGCUGAGGAAUGCGGCACGAGAAGGUAUUUUCAAUAAAACAAAGCGUGGCGAGAGAAAUAAUAUCUAGAAGCGUAUCGACCGUGUUCUGGGAAAAACAUUUUCCGAUGGAUCUCGUCCUAAGAUCUCGGACCAAUUGCACAUUACAGGCAUAUCACCUGAACGUUAUCGAUAUCCACUUAGCUUUGUAGUACAAGAUUAAUUGUAAAUUCUGUUACAAGUACAGAAGCGUUUCGGGUAGCUAUUGAUUUUAGAAGCACGAGAUGUCCGAGUGCUUAAAUUUGAUCUAUUUCCGCGGAGAAAGAACAUUCGUUGAAUGGCUUUCGAGGGGCUUGUAACAAAUUUAAGUAGCACCGUGUAUAACAAUGUCUCCUUGUUAACGCACAUUUUACGUGCAUACGUUACUAUUCGUAAUUAGCGUACGGCAAGGUAUUUUUAGAACCUUUUAGAAUUAUCGAAUUUCAGUCUGAGCAAUUGCACAUUCUAUAGUGCGGAGUACGGAUCUCUUCUUGGCACUUAAUUGUAGAAUAGAUCCCUUCGAAAUAUUUGCCACCGAGAAUUUUUCCUAUAUAAUUUUUAAGAAAAUCGGAGAUCGGACGGAAAAGAAGAAGAAAAAAAAACUGUUUCUAAUAAGUUUAGUACUUUUCUGUCGGUUUCUAUGGGAUGGUUUCGGCGACGAAAUUUAUCCCUUCGAAGAACUCUUCGGAAAAUGGAUGGUAGUCAUCCGGAAUUAAACGCGUCUUUUCUUUACGCAUCGGCCAAGUAAGAAAGAAUCGAUUAGUAAAUUAGUUUUCGAAUCAAGUGAUGCUGACCAAACUUGACUAUCAUACAUUAUCCAUAUGGUGUUCGUACUAGGGAAACUCUGACAAAGCCUUAAUGUCAGAUUGAUUUCAGAACUUACCACUGCUGUUAACGUACUGACUCUUUGAUGUGUAAUCUUUUAACACUACAAAAUUGGCAGGAAUUCGGUAAAUCCGUUUUGCCAAUCAUUUUCGAUUAAGGCUGCUUGUCUUUAAGCGGUCAACAAUCCACAUUUUACAGAAACAUUUUACGAAUGGCCGAUGACUUUGACGAUAUUUUAUGGACAGUGGAGAUAUUAUUUAUUAGUUUUCCCUUUUCUCACCGUAUUUUACGUUUCUCUAUAUACCGUCUCGAACUGUUUUAAUAUUCUUUACCAACUCAUGAUUUUUUCAUCAGUUUUAUAAACUUUGUGAGCCCCUUCCUGCAAAGUUAUUAGGAAUCUCAUUGGAACAUUCUGAGAAUGUUGCGUAUCAUGUGGCAUCUAUGAUGGCUAUUGGAAUAAUUUCUGUAGGAGAUAAUAAACAAUUAUUUACACCUCGUGAACGACCACGCCGAUUUGCUUUUACCUGCAUUUUUGUGCAGCACUGUCGGCGUGGGUCGGUACACACGUUGAAAAUUUACCUAGCUCUGUAUUGUUUAACAAUUGUGUUUUAUAUAGAAAUGUAGCUGUAGGAAGAAUCAAAAGUACCAUUUAUCUGAAAUCAGAGAAGUGUUGUUGCGAGUACUUCGUUUUACUUGUGACGGCACUGUCUUUCUGACUUACACUUUACUUCCGAAUCAUUGUUUGAAUGUCGUUAUAUUCAUGAAAGCCGUUUUUAAGACCAUUUACAAUGUUUAUACAUACGAAACGGUUUACUGCCUAACUUACUGAGCCGCACAUUUGGAGACAAGUCCAUCACGAAAAAUAUGCGACAUUAAUGGAUAGAGAUUUUGAAACGCUAUUAAAGUGCAGCUGAUUUUUUUAACGAAUUUGUUGGAAACUUUAUUUACAAUCGGUUUCCACGGACGGUUUUGAGCGGAGAACUCACGUAUUCUAUAUUGUAUAUCAAGUUGAAUCAUUUUCACUUUUUUUUUUUUUUUUUUUCUAUCGAAUGUUUCUAAUCUAAAGGGUUUCUUACACAUUUUUCGAAAUCGAUGAAAACCACACCUUGCUGAAGUUAAAUCGAUUCGAACGUGCUUGGCAUUUCUGCCUGUAAAACGUAUACAACUAGAUUUUAGCUUGAUAUAUAUAUACACAUUAAAGUUACACGAUAUAAAUCAUAUCACUUACACGUAGGAGCAAUUUUAAUAGCUUCGAGCUUUUCGUGAAUUUCUUCGCGUGCAAAGCGCUUAAGUACGCACUCCAAGUUUUUUGCUCAAAAAUACCUUUUCCGUGCAUGAAUGAGACACCGACUGAAUUUUAUAAUAGCCGUUAAUAACAUCUAUGCUACAAUGUACAUAUUUAUAAAUAUAAUGUAUUUAUAUAAGGAAUACAUAGCGAUCGAGACUUACAAUGAUCGCCUAGGAAUUCUUCUGUGAAAAUUGACUAAUGUAACGUCAAAAUUUCCAAAUUAUUCGCACAGUCCAAUUGGGGCUGGAAAUAUUAUAAAAAAUAAAUGAGUUGCAAUGCGAGGAAUGAAUUCCAGAGAUUUACGAGUGUUUUCGAGGGAUCGGUGACUAUAUCGUUAGUUUAGUUCAGCGUUAAGUGGAGAAUAAGAGAAGAGCACCAAAGAAAAUGAUAAAAUUGUACGUUUUGCUUCGUGUAGGCGAACAUUUAAUUAUGUAAUUUAUGUGCAAUCGGGGAAAGCUCCUUGGGGAGGUUUUUAGGUAUAGGACAGCGUUUUCGAUAAUGAGAAAGUUAAUUUUCACAAAGGGAUUCCGUGGAAGGGACUCGAAAGUAUUAAUCAAUUUCACGGAGAUACUCGUGUCAGAUUUUAAUUAGAUUGUCCAAUGUAUGUUGGACUGUAAUAGCGUUCUGCAUGUUUCGGGGUACAUAUGUCCCUUUAAUUGACUUUCGGGUCCCCUUAAUUUUUCAAUACAUGUAACAUGAACUAGCAACAGCCAGUCGUGCUUCUUCCAACAAUCAAUUAAACGGCCUACACAAGCGUCGCGUUAUUAUACAUGUAUAUACGCGAAGCGCUUACUUCUUAAUUAAAGGAAAUUACUUUUAAGUACCUCAUUUUUCUCAUCUCACGUACCUAGUCACGCAUGUUGUUCCGAUAUGACCGUGAUGAGAAUAAUGAUUGUUCCCUUACGCGAAUGAUUAAUUUUCUUGCGUAGACAUAAUUUGUACAUAAACGAAAAUCCGUUCAGGUCACCCAAGAGAUUGCUCUCCGGUGGAAGUGCAGAAUAAUCACGUUAUUUAAGGAACGGCGAAAGACGUAAAUGCCUCUCGAUGAAAAGACACCGUGCGACUUGUGAUGACAAAAGAACAAUAUUGUCCUGUGGAGUAGAAUGUUCCUUCGCGUUUGAAAUGUAUAUUUUAUUAUUGUAUAACGUUUUACAUGAUAUUUCGGAUUCUGGCGUGUAAUUAUGUAUGUAUCGUCGAAGGCUGGAACCUUCCGUGAAAAUUGUUUCUAUUCACCGAAAUAUCGCCGAGGGCAGUCUUUGAACCGAUCGUGUGCGAGUGAGAUUACAUCAAAUCUUUAAAAAUAAUACAAUAAUAAACUACUACGUGUUCACGAGGAUAUUGCCGGAAGAUAAAGAGUUUACCAGCGUUUCUGGGGAGCGUGUUACGAAAAUAAUAUUCUAAAGUGAUUGUUCUGAAACUCGAUUACGAGGUCGUGAAACAGCUAAUACUUUACGAAGGUACCUGCAUAGAAUCAGUCUAUUCUCUGAAUGCUUAUUGGAUGUAUCCGUAGUUUUCAUUCCCAUUGCCGAUAGAGACUUUAAUGGAAAAAAAAAAAGAAGAAGAAAAUGAUACGAUGCUAUCUUUGACGAGGGAUAUAAAAUAUUUUGUUUUCCAGGCGCAAUUUUGGAUAAGGAGAAGCGUUAAUACGUCUUUGAUCUUCGUGUUCUCAGGUCCUUGUAAAUUAUUUUCGUGCCGAUUUUAAUUUGAUAUUUAAUGCCCGAUAUUACUUUUAGACCUUAACCAUUCAAAAUUGUUGGACCGAUGGAAAUAUGAGCGAAUGGGCUAAUAUGGGGAACUACUUCAUCCAUUAAAUAUCCAGGAUUAUUCAUGCAUAGAAAUUUAUCUACACUGUCGUUGAGCGGUUGUUAUUAAGCACCAUUGUUACUAAGCACCCCGCUACGGAAAUUAUCCCAUAUUCUAAAUGUAAUUUUUAGAACCCGUUUUCUGCUAAAUUAUACAUAUAAUUAUGUCCAGGCAGUAGUACCAUUCUUGCCUUACUCGUUGAUUUCAGGAUCACUUAUCAAAUUGUUUUUACCGCAGAUUUUAACCGGUCACGUUUAAAGAUGACAUUUCAUUUCCUCGUAUACGUUGAUGCUAUUGUCCACCGAUGUAUCCUGUUACGUUGCCAUUGUACUUGUAAAGGAUGAAUCCUGAUAUAUAAAAGCAACACCAAUCUUCGAGAGAUAUUUUAAAAUGGUACGAAAGUUGACUAUUUAAUAAUAAGUACCGUUAGCGAUAGCUAAAUAUAGAGCGUCUAACGAAUAUUCCAAGAUUCCUGCAUUUGCACCAAGAAAAACAGUCGAUGAUUCGAUGCGUUGUGCGCGAAUACUAAUUCCGUAAGACGACCAGCACUUUUCGGCAUUUCUUAAUAUUGCGAUCCGUCUGCGCUCGGUAUUUGAAUAUUUCAAUGAAUUUCUUUUCGGUAUCUUCAGAGAAUGUUGAAAGGUACCGCGCACAACUAUGCGGCAAUUCUGUGGAAUAUCCUGUUGGAGAAUUAGGAUUAAAUCCGAUAUGUCCAGCAAAAGGCCGUGUAAAGACGCCGUUAAAUAUAUCAUUAAUUGAAA